AUGGAGCAACAGUUUUUGAGUGUUGAUUCACUGUUGGAUCCCCAGUUGCAUAAUAACAUACAACAGGGUAGGAUGAUAAAUAAUAGUGUGGGCAACAAUAACGGCGGUAUGGUGAGCGAUAAUAAUAAUGAUUCUGGAGAGAACAGUGUUAGGGUUAAUGCCAACAUGGCCGUGGGACAUGCGGGACCGAGCGGUGGAGAUGGCAGCAACCACAGGGUAGGAGGCCAUGGAGACAGCAAUAGUGGUGGAGACGGACGAGAGGUGAAGAACGAGGCGUUCGAGUUGUCGAACCCGUCGAACCCAGCUAUUGCGACGGCACAGGCGAUGUUGAAUCACGAUGCAAGUUAUCCAGGGCAGUACCUGCUAAACGGCAUGCAGGGUGGCCAAAUACCAAGCAAUAGUAUACCAAGUAACCAGAUACAGACGGGCCUGAUGCCAGGUGGCCAGUUAUCGAACACGCAAAUGGCAGAAAACCAACUAGCAAACAGUCAAAUGCAAGGGAAUUUGCAGAGCAAUCUUCAUAUACCCCAGCAGAUGUCGCAGUUACCGGUACAGCAGCAAGAAAUGGAGGAUGGCAAGUUGAUGGCACCCAUCCCACCAUUGCAUAUCCAACAACAGAUCGUGAAUAAUCAGAAUAUUGAUGAGUCGCCGAUCAAGCCUAGAGUCCGGUUAGAGUCCGAUAGUGUGGAACAGAUGCUAAGAUCGUCAUGCACUAGGUGCAAAAAAGAGUUUGACCAACCAAUAAUAAUACCUCAAUCAAAUGAUAAUACACAAGGCCCUAAGCCGUUGGCAGAGCCGAAGAUCUACAAGCUCUGUCAGCACUGUCGAGAUUUACAACGGAAACGGUCUCGUCGUUGGCAAAAGAAGACCAAGGAUAAAUCGGGUGCGUGCCGUCGGUGUGGACUGGAAAUUCCGGCCGACCAGCAGAAAUUUGUUUUAUGUCCGUCAUGUCGAGAGAACUUAAGAACCAGGAAAGCUAAUAGAGCAGCGCAAGGGAAAUGUGUGCACUGUUCGGGCCCUCUAGAUGCUUCAAUCAUCACCGGUGAUGAUAAGUCCGCUAAGUUGAAGGAUAGAGUUAAAUCUGGGAACUUCAAAGUUUGCCAGCGGUGUAGAGAAAACGAUAAAAUCAGAAGAACGAACUUGGAGAGGCGAGGCCAUUGUAAUAGAUGUGCUAAGACGUUGGACCCUGCUGACAUUGGUAAACAUAAGGUGUGCGUCAAUUGUCGUACCAGAAAGAAAAGAUCAACCAACAGCGAAACCUCGACCGAAAUCCCUCUUAUUAACAAUAAUGUUGCUAUGAUGCCUAACGAUCAAGCCACUAUGGCCAUGUUAUCGAAUACGGGUAAUUUUGUUCCUCAAGCACAACAUCCAAUAUCUCAACAGUACAACCCUCAGCAAUAUGUCCAGGUGCCAGCUCAAAAUCAAGCACAAACCCAAGCACAGGUACAAGCCCAACAACAAUACAACCAAGCUAUCGCUCAACAGCAGGCUUUCAACCAAGCAAUGGCCCAAGCUCAGGCCCAAGCUCAGGCCCAAAAUCAACAGCACCUGCAACAACAGCAACAACAUCAACAUAAUCAACAGUUACAACAGCAGCAACACCAACACCAAAUUCAACAACAGCUGCAACAAUACUCACAACAACAUCACCAACAAGAAGCUAACAGGGCAGCAGUCGAGUUUCAAAAUGCUAUGGCCGCAGCUGUUGCCCAUCAACCUCACAUGCCCUCUGGGAACGGAAAUUAA